AUGCCUUCCGCCGAAUUCACCGCCGCUGCCGACUCUGUGCAGAAGCUUCCCAAGACUCCUUCCGACGACGAGCUUCUUGAGCUCUACGGACUGUACAAGCAGGCCACCGUCGGCGACAACAACACCGACCGACCCGGCGCCUUCAACUUCAAGGCCAAGUACAAGUGGGACGCCUGGGACAAGCUCAAGGGCAAGUCUCAGGAGGAGGCUGAGCAGGAGUACAUUGCUCUUGUCCAGACCCUUUCCGACAAGUACAACUAA